UUGAUCAAAUCAAAUUAACAUGAGGUCCUACUUCUCUCUAUAUAUAAGAAACAUAUAGCCCCACUAUUGUCUACAACCCUGAGAAUCCUUCUCAGUCACAUCUCCUUCUAAACUUCUCUUUAAUUUUCUAUGUUCAUCUCUUGCACGCGCAGACAAAGAGGUUAUCAGGUUAAGUGAAGAGAUCAAGCUCUGAGAACUGUCUAUCUAUUAUUGCUAGUGUUGCAGCUUCCAAGCUUAUUCCAUGGAUGAGAAGUGGAAAAUAUCAAAGAAGGAAGCUUCAGGUAUCCAUUGUUCAAGUUCUUCAAAGUUUUCUCUUACAAGGAGUUUUUCAACGAAGAGCAUUUCUUCCAAGUCUCCUCUUCUUAGGAGUUCUUCACAGAAGAGCCCAUGUUCUACUUCUUCUUCUUCAUCAUCUAAAUGUCCGUUACCACGAAGCUUUUCGCAAAAGAGCUCAUCCAUUUCGCGUAAAUGUAGUAGCUUGGCCAAGGAACAGAAGGCAAGAUUUUACAUUAUGAGGCGCUGUGUUGCCAUGCUUGUUUGCUGGCAUAAGCAUGGAGAUUCUUGAGGGAAAAAAGAUGGAGAUGACCAUAUAUAGAUCAUCAGGGAAUUAAGGUUCAUUUCUCCACUUGUUUGUGCAGGAUGGUUCUUGGAUUUUGUUUGUCUUGAACUCAUGGAUUUCAUAUCCAUUGGAUCAAGAACAUAUAAAUGUCACAGACUUUUUCUUGCUUACCUUCAUUUUUAAUUAGUUCAGUUCAGUUUGUAAUUAUAAAUGAGAGAGCAACAAGUUUUAUAGUUGUAAGAAAAGACUAUAUUAACAAAUAGGUUUCUGUCAAAGACCCCUUUUUCUUCCUCCCUUUCCACCCUGUGAUUUCUUUUUGUUUUCCCCUUGAUAUAUUAAUCAAAGCAGAUCUCAAAA